AUGGCGUCUUCCAAUUUUUUUUUCUCUGACUUGCAGAUCGGCCGGUGCUCCUAUGGUGUUCAAGCACGGCUUCUCCGGUUCCGGCAAUCAGGGCGUAUAAGGCGUGGUGGAGAGAUCCAGUUCAUUGAUUUACUCUUCGUAGAUGGACAUAUCGGCCGGUGCUCCUAUGGUGUUCAAGCACGGCUUCUCCGGUUCCGGCAAUCAGGGCGUAUAAGGCGUGGUGGAGAGAUCCAGUUCAUUGAUUUACUCUUCGUAGAUGGACAUGGAGGUGAUGGGAAGGCCACAAGCAACACGGCAGAUCGAUCAUCGGCUAAAAUGCACAUGCCUCAAACUACGAUGAAAUCUUUGUGCAACAGUCUGCUCUUCUCUGAUAGUCUUAAGUCUGAGUAUCAACAAGAAGAGGAUCUGAAGAAUCUGAGCACACAGCUGUAUUCAGCAGCUAUAGUCGUGGAGACACCAAAAGAUUAUAUGAUAAAGGCUCUGGUGAAUACAGUUGUCCAUUUGGACGCUGUUAUAUACAAAGUCAAUGAAUUUGUUGAUGAAAAAGUUGAUCAAGUAGCUGGAACCGAGCUACGUAAACUCGAGGCUGAUAAGGCUCUAAGGGGAGAUCUCCAACCAGAACAAGCACCAUCAUCUGCUACCAAGACUGGGAUUCUCCCAACAACGCCAUGGACGUUGAUGAAGCAAAUCCACCAAGCUUGGUUGAGAAAGAGAAGAGUCGCAAGCGCCCCCUUGGUACAACAAGUCCAGCAAACCAUCAAUCCCACUUAG